GCUCCCGCUAAGUCGCAGCAUCAGCACCGUGCACGCGGCCGACCGGCAGAGCACCUGGAGCAGCGCGAGAUAAAGUUACCGAAAAAAAGCCGAAGAGCCGUGCAAAAACCAGACAUCACUGCCCCGUUACCCCCGGAGGUGUGGACACUAAUGAUCUAAUCAGAGCGGCGAUCCGAGGGGAAUCCGGUGACCCCAGUGGCGCGGGAGAGAACGAUGAUGGAGCUGAGAAUUGUGCGGUUACUCCUUCCUGGCCUUUUGCUCUUCAUCGCGCUGCAUCGCUGUUCAUCACGACCAUGUUUAGAUCCGAUUAUUUCACCACUCUAUGCCUCCUCAUUCUGGGCCUCCUCCAGAUACAAUUUUCUCUAUUCUGCUCAUUUUGCCAAACUCCAUGGGAGCAGUGGCUGGUCACCGGCCCCAGGAGACACACAGCCAUGGUUGCAGAUCAAUCUGGGUAGAAAGUAUCGGAUCGUCGCUAUUGCCACACAGGGUACCUUCAACUCUUACGACUGGGUGACGAAGUACACACUCCUCUAUGGAGACCGUUUUGAUGCUUGGACUCCUUACAUCAUGAAAGGAGGCAACAUGACAUUGCCUGGAAAUUGGAACUACUACCAGGUGAAGAGGAAUGUCUUUCACUAUGCCUUCACUGCUAAACACCUGCGACUCCUACCAAUGGGCUGGAACACAGAAAACGGUGGAAAGAUCGGCGUAAGGCUCGAGGUCUACGGCUGUCCCUAUGACUCAUACGUGAUGCAUUUUGAGGGGGAUGACAUGGUGGCGUACUCAUUUCCCGGUGGGUCGCUAAGAAGCUUGCAGGACCACUACGCUUUAAACUUUAAGACACUUGAGAAAGAUGGUGUGUUGCUGUACAGCGAAGGCAUCCAGGGAGACUUGAUCAUGCUAGAGCUGAAGACUGGACGUCUCUACCUGCAUAUAUCCCUGGGAAGUAGUACAGUGCAUAACGUGAACGGCAUGACCACAGUGAGGCUGGGGAAUCUACUGGACACACAGCACUGGCACUUUGUCACUAUUAAACGCUAUGGCCAAGAUCUCAACUUCACGCUAGACAGCCAGACUGAGCAUGUCUCCCUCGGUGGCGAGUUUAAAUAUCUGGACCUGGACAAACAGAUAUAUGUAGGUGGUGUGAUUGAGAAAGACUCACCUCACCUCCCAGGUAAGUUCAACUUCCGUGGCUGCUUAGAGAACGUCUUCAUCAACGGAAUCAACAUCAUUUACAAGACCCAGUAUCAAGAUCCAGAUGUACGGUUUGCUCCCAAAAAGAAAAAGAUGCACUACACGUGCCGUGACCUUCUUUGGAGACCCAUGACCUUCGCAGGGCCCAACAACUACCUGCAGGUGCCUGGGUUCUUUAGAAAGAGCCGAUUGGCAGUGAAGUUCAAGUUCCGGUCUUGGGACUACACAGGAUUGCUGAUGUUCACCAGGUUUGCUGAUGAUCUGGGAUCUCUGGAGCUUGGAUUGAGUGAGGGUCAAGUCAACAUCACGCUCACACAACCAGGGAACAAGAGACUCCGCUUCGCUGCAGGAUAUCGUUUAAAUGAUGGUUUCUGGCACACGGUGGAUCUGGCUGCUAGAGACAACUUGCUGUCAGUCACCGUUGACGAGGAUGAGAGCUCUCCACUGAAGAUCACCAACCCGUUUAUCGUUCGUACCGGAAACACCUACUUCUUUGGAGGCUGUCCUAAGACCAACAAUACAGAACGCUGUGUGACCAAGCUGGCACGCUUCCAUGGGUGCAUGCAGCAGAUCUUUAUAGAUGAUGAGCCUGUGGACAUUGACGUGAUGCUGCAGAGGAAAUGGGGCAGGUACACGGAGCUGCUGCUGGGGACGUGCGGUAUCACUGACCGGUGCAGUCCAAACCCGUGUGAACAUGAGGGCAGGUGCAUCCAGUCCUGGAAUGACUUCCUGUGCAUCUGCAACAACACUGGGUACAAAGGGGAAGUGUGUCACAACUCCGUCUACCGGGAGUCGUGUGAAGCCUACAGGCUGAACGGAAAGUAUUGGUCUGGCAACUACACCAUCGACCCAGACCUGAGUGGCCCGCUCAAGCCUUUCACUGUCUACUGCAAGAUGAAGCUGAACAAAGCCUGGACCAUCAUCCAGCACAACCGUGUCGAGAGGACCAAAGUGACCGGUUCCAGCUUGGACCAGCCUUAUAUAGGAGACGUCCAGUACGUGAACGCCUCGUGGGACGAGGUCACCGCUUUAGCCAACACGUCACUGUAUUGUGAACAGUGGAUCGAGUUCUCAUGCUACAAGUCACGCCUUCUAAACACUUUAAAUGGAAGGCCUUAUAGUUUUUGGAUCGGUCGGCAUAACCAGAGUCACGAAUACUGGGGCGGAUCUUUCCCUGAGAGUGGCAAAUGUGGCUGUGCCAUCAAUCAAACCUGCACCGACCCCAGGUUCUCGUGUAACUGUGAUGCAGAUUAUCGCCAAUGGUAUUCAGAUAAAGGUUACCUGAUGUUCCGUGACCAUCUGCCUGUCAGGAGGGUUGUAGUCGGAGACACAAACCGCCCAGGCUCAGAGGCCCAGUUCAGUGUCGGACCACUGCGCUGUUCUGGAGACAGAAGUAUCUGGAAUACAGUAGCCAUUACCAAGCCCACCUAUAUGACCUUCCCAACCUUUAAACCUGGCACCAGUGCUGACAUCACCUUCCACUUCAGGACCUACCGCACAAACGGUGUCUUCCUUGAAAACUCAGAUGACCAUCUGCGCAAUUUUAUCAGGAUCGAGCUGAACUCUACUACCGAGGUGGUGUUCAUCUUCAUGGUGGGUGACGGGAUUAGGAAUGUGACCCAGCGCACUACCAAACCGCUCAACGAUAACGAAUGGCACUACGUGGAGGCUGAGAUCAAUGCCAAAAUGGCACGUCUCAAAGUGGACUUCAAUCCUCCGGCUAUCCAUAAAUUCCCUGGGCAAACCUACAUCAGCAUGGAGUUCACUCAACCCCUGCUUGUAGGUGCUGCAAAUCACACACUAAGACCAUUCUUGGGUUGUCUGCGUGGCCUCCGAAUGAACGGUGUCCCUGUGGAUCUGGAGGGGAAGGUUGAUGAGCGCACAGGGAUCCGGAGGAAUUGCACCGGAGCGUGUCUUAACACCUCCAUCCCCUGCCGGAACGGAGGGCAGUGCAUUGACGGCUACGCCUCGUACUCCUGCGACUGCAACAACACAGCCUUUGACGGUUAUUACUGCCAUCUAGAUAUAGGAGCAUUUUUUGACGUGGGUGCUUGGCUGCGAUACGACAUCCGUAAAGAGCCCAUUUCAGAGGAUGCCUGGUGGGCGAACUUCUGGAUUGAGCCACACUGGCACCACUUCAUGUUGGGCUACAACACCACCACCGAUGACAUUGAGUUUAGCUUCAGCACGCAGCAGACUCCAGCCGUGCUGCUCUACAUCAGUUCCUUCCACAAAGACUACAUCGCUGUGCUGCUCAAGAAAGACGGUACCCUCUCCCUGAGGUAUCGUCUGGGUUUAUUAACGCAUAAAUUUCAGCUGACUACCAGGAACCUGGCUGAUGGCUUCCCUCACUUUGUCAACAUCACCAGACACAACUACACUGUAUGGACCCAGGUGGAUUACAUGGAGCCGUGGGUGGAGAGAUUAACUCCUGGGGAGAUUCCCAGAUUCGACUCACCAAAGAGUAUCUUUCUUGGCCGUGUCAUGGAGGUUGGCGAUAUUGAUUACGAUGUUCAGAGACACAACAGUCCAGGUUUAGUGGGCUGCAUAUCAGGGGUCCGUUAUAACAUCUUUGCACCACUGAAGGCGUAUUUCCGGCCCAACGUCACCAACCCACCUGUCACUACCCAGGGCUACGUGGUGGAGUCAAACUGUGCUGCAUUCACUCCUGUCCUAGGCUACGUGCCCUGGGAGGACGACCCCUGGUUCACUGGAAUAUUCUUUGAUUAUAUUCAUGAUGAUGUGACUCCACCUUGGAUGACAUUGAUCGUCACCGUGUCACUGAUGCUGCUGUUCCUCAUGCUGUACGGGAUGUACAUUUACCUGUACAGAUAUAAAGGCAGCUAUCACACAAACGAGCCGAAAAACCUGGAGUCGCCCAGUUCUUCUCGUCCUCUCACCGAAACCCUGCGCAAGGAGAAGAAGAACCUGUCGGAAAUCCAGGAGGAGGCGAUUGGUGAAUAACAUCUUGAGAGAAACAGGGUCCAGGGGAACGUGGGGAGGGGUGGGGUGGGUUGUUGAGGGGUGGGGGCGGCUUUGGGGUAAUCAAAGGAAAGGAACAGGAAAUGAUGAAAAGGAUAGAUGAAACGGGUUAAGUUACAAUUCUAGAACAUGCCUGUAUUGAGUCUUUAUACUUUUUAUUUCUAUUGUGUACUUCUGGUAUUUUCUUCUGCCCCCGGUGUCCAUUGGUGGUAAUCGGAUGUUAAUCUGACAUCUGGUGCUUUUUGGCUAAACAUUUGCAGGGUUCAUCAGAUCCGUGUCCCGUAAUGCAAUGCUGGCCAAAGUAAGUGCCUCAGGAAUCGGUAACAUUUAGGAAGAACCGACAGGCUCGUUCGUGCCGAGGGUGCUGCGUUUAAGAAAUCCAGGUUUCUUAAAAAGUACAAGAUUGAGAGAAAAAUUAAAUGCACAACAAAGAACAACAACAACAACAACAACAAAAAAUCACCUGGCAUUUUACUAAUGUACAUGUUUACAAAGAUUGUAUCUAUUUCUGGUAAACUAUAAAUAUAAAUCUGUAUGCAAAAGUUUGCGCACCCCUAGUCAAAUUCUAUACACAGCGUUGAAUUUUGACCUUUUUUAAAAUCCCUUAUAUCUACUGCAUAUGUAUAGUUGCAUAGUUAUUUUAGAUUUAUUGAACCUAAAUAUUUUAUUUUAUACAUCGUGUUUUUUUUAUACAUCAGAUGUUCCCAUUUUUGUAACGAGAGUCUGAUGACUCUUCCAUGCAGAUCUUUAUUUAUUUAUUUAUUUAUUUAUUUAUUUUUAUUGUUACUUACAGAGUUUGUGUUCAAUUCUUUUCACUUUAGAAAUCAAUAAACAUUUGUAAUUUGGCUAGAGGUGUCCAAUCUUUGCAUACGAAUCUAAAGCUUUGAAAUAUUCAUACAAGCUGAUGGGUUAGAAAUCUAUAUUUGUUAUAUUACUGCCUUCAUCAGUGAGUAGCCCUUGCAUAUGCCUGCAGGAUCGUAUAUAUAAACACUCUUUCUGAUUUCUCCGGUGUGCUUAGCACGUACGGCCACUGUUAUCGGAUGAAUAAUAUUUAGAACGAAAGAGAAAAUAGCAUAAAUAUAGCAUAAAUAUAUGUUCACAUACUGGUCUUUUUUGUUAAAUAUAUGGAGAAGAGCCAUAGUGAGCUUGAUCAUGCCUGUAUUAAUGCUAAAUGUUAUCUUAUAUGUUAGGUCUUCCCAAUUUUCGAUCUUUUACAAAUCCUGCCCUGGGAAAUGACUACGGAAAACCGUUCUGUGUUUUAUGUCGGUACGCCUUGACUCAGGGUUGAAAGGUUCCUCUCGCUGGUUCCACUAAAACGUAUCAUACAGUCGAGUCGAAAAGUUUCCGUCCAAUACCGAGUACUCGCUUAGAACCAGAUGUUUUAUUGGAUUAAUCCAUUUUAUUCAGGAAUACAUUAUUUAACUGUGGUUUUGCUCCACAUGCUUUGUUGAACCCCUACAAAACACCCACUAACACCACCACCACCAGCACCAGCAGCCAAGUCCUCUGUCUGUUACAAGGUGCUGAUUCUGGAGACUCCUUCUAUAUAUGACUUAAAAAUAAUAAAUAAAAAUGAUUAUAAUGGCUGCUGUUAUAAAAAAAAUUACUACUUAUUUACUCGACCAGUAAUUACAGUAGGUACUGUAACUGUCACCAGUUGGAUUAUUUAUGAAUUUCUUUCUUUCUUUCUUUCUUUCUUGAUUACACAAUUUAUUCGUUUCAUGUACAGUCGCUCAAUCCUAAUUUUUAUAACAGAACAGGCUUUUGGACUCGACUGUAAUUUCUGACAUUGACUAGCAUUUUUAAUUUCCUGAAGCUCAUAUUUUCUAAACCAAAACUUACAAUUCCCCCAACACGAGUGGAAGCGCUGAGAGGAAAUACUUCUGAUUAGUCGCUGAUGUCUGAUGUGUUUCUGUGUGUUUGGAGCUGAGCUGGAAUCUGAUAUGCAUAUGUGGUUAAGCAAUUGUUAUAAAUACCUACCUACCUUCCUUCACACACACACACACACACACACACACACACACACACACACACACACACACACACACACACACACACACACACACACACACACACACACACACACACACACAAUUUUGUCCAGUUAUCCGUAUGGUUUCAAAUCGAGAUACAAUUUCAUCUCGCUGCUGUUUUUGCUGAAACUAGCAAAAGAUGAUGCUUUUUAAAUUCCAUGUAGUUUAUCAUAUCUUUGAUCAUAUCGGUCAUUUCUUUGAGCGAUGAUAAGUUUGAAAGAAAACUCCAUCCUGAACGACUUGCACAUUAAUCUUUAAAGAUACGGUGAACUUUCAGUGGCGGUUUAUUCGUUUAUUGUGAUAAAUUUUCAUGUAUUUAUUUGUUUCGAAUUUUUUCAGCGAAAUCAUUUGUCUGAUCUUUCUUUGAUUUACAGUUGAACGAUGCAGCGGUGCUUUAGUGCUUCGGUCAUCAUCUUCGCUGUCGAUCGCUAACUAGCUGUACCAAAUCCUCAAUGUAUUCUACGACGGAUUUCUCAUUAAUACAGUUAAUUUGAGACAAAUCGUUAAACACAUCACGAAGGCAUGGAUGUAAACAAGCUUAAUGUUUCACAGUGGAGUUUUCCUUUAAUCUUAGAGUUACUGUUUUUAGUUUUGUAUUAAAUUUGACUCACAAAAGCUCACAAUUUCUUAUUUAAAAAAAAAAAAAAUAUAUAUAUAGAAACGCUCCUCCAUCCAGAAGGCAAAUCUCUGUUGAUAUUCCCAAGUGAAACAUUUGGUUAAAUGAUAUGGGUUUACAUAAUAAUAUCAGUAAUUUUACUUUGUGCUAAAACUAUAAAAGCAGCCGACAUUAGCACCAAACAGAUAAUAAUGAGGUUAUGAGUUUAAAGAUCGAAAAGCCGAACCACACGAUUGUAGAUAAUUUUAAUAUUGGGGGUGGUGGGAGGUGUUGUAAUGAACCACAGUGUUAAAGAUUUUUUCAUAUCCAGUUUGUUAAAUGAGGCCACGAUCCUUGUAACAAUGACGUAAAAAGAUAUAUAGAACCACAGAAUAAAAAAAAUGGGUGUACUUUCUUUUGCACACGAACGUAUCUUUUUACUUCUGCAGUAAAUAAGCCAGUAUUUGAGGUUCUACAAGCCAGGAUGGAGGUAUUAAUAGUGUUUAGAUGUUUAGUUCGGUUUGUCUACGUCUAUGUUUAAACAGAUGAGCUCGAGUCCACUGUCAUUACUGCUGCUGCUGCUGCUUUCUAGCUGCUUCCUUACGACGAUCAAGUUUAGAUUUAGACGAUCGCCACCAUCGUCCAUCCAAACCCUCUGCCGAGGUCUUACUAGAAACCAGUGCUUUUAAAAAACAAAACAAAAAAACAAACAAAAAAAAACCCACAAAAAAAGACAAAAACAAACAACAACAAAAAAGUAGAACAGCUAUGCAUUCUGCAUGAUGGCACUUUUUCAUUAAAAUGCAAUAAAUAAACAAUAAAAAAAGCAAUCCAAAAAGCUUCCAGUGCUAGAGCUCAUGUUAAAACAUAUAAACAAUAAAUUCAUUUUAAUUUAAAAAUUAUUUUUUCUAAUUUCUUUGUGCCCUGUGCGAUGACAAUAAAGAUUCUAUCUGUCAUCGUGCCAAAGUAGCGAAAAUAAAUGACAUACACACACAGCUGUACGUACGUUUUUUUAUGUGUGAAAUUUUUAUUAAAACAUGCAACGAAACUGUUUUUUAGUAUGCUAUCAGUAUUUGUGUGUAGAGUGAGUAGACGACCACGCGUCCGUGUUCCCGGAUGUCCACGUUCUCGCUUUAGCUCGCACAGGAUGAAACGACUGCUGAGUGUAAAGUUCACAAUGAAGAGUAUAAUAGCUUUAUUUAUUUAUUUAUUUGUUUGUUUGUUUGUUUAUUUGUUUAUUUGUUUAUGUAAAUGAAUGGUGGUUCAGGUAAAGUGAACUGAGGAAAAAAAAAGUUAAAGAGUUAAAGGUGGGGUCUCCGUUGUUUGAGAAAUGCUUGAGAAAACUGCACUGGGCCGUCAAACAAAACAAAAACAAAACUAACGUGCAGCCAAUGAGCAGAAAGGGGCGUGUUUUGUCAAUACGGGCAGAGAGAGUGUUCAGUGCGCAUGUGUGACAUUAGCAGAAAGCGGUUUUAACAUAG